GCACAUUGCAUUGGUUGCAAAAACGAAACAUAUGAGAAAGGUCCAGACUAUCGAGAGGAUUUUGCUUCGCUGUCUUCUGAUGUUCAUACUUACUGUCAUAAUCUAGGCAUGACUGCAUUCACUGCUUUCCACUGGUUUUCUGAGGAUCGGAUGAUCUAUGUGGACGAACACAUGUGGACUGGGAUGAAUCAGUGGGGAGAUGCAGGUCAGAAUGCAGUAGACGUGAACAGCACUCAGUUUGUGGCUCCUGGUUGCACAGCGUUGUGGGCGGCAGGCGAGCCAAAUGGGGCUGCGGAAACAGAUAUUCUUAUGUGGCUUGGAUAUGGAUCGGUCAGAGGAAUACUGGACCAUAGCACCAAACCCGAUCCGCCCAGAAUUGUCUGCGACAAAUGGACCAAACUCGACUGCCUCGAAGAAUGUAGCAGCUCGUAUUUCUCACUGGCUUAGAUGGAAUUCAGGUCGCAAUCGAAUCAAUUUAAAAAGAAGUCCAUAUAAUCAGUAAUCAUGAGGUCUACUAUA